AUGGACAGACAGCGAGUUUGUCUGGGUCUCAAAAGAUUACGGUGGACUGAAAAAACCACAUUCAAGCUAAACUGCUAUAGACGCCCGAUCGCAGUCGCUGAUCCGGAAAUUACAAUCUGUGACAACGCUGUCUUGAAACCUCCAGCCAUUUACAAGUCCUUCUGCUCCGUACUGUUUCAAACAUUGAUGAACCGUAUUUCCGGCUGCAGCUCGUCAGCGUUGUUUUCUAGCAGAGGUGCUGAAAGGGUGGGAUCCGUUGAGCUUGGUCAGCAAACGCCAUUAACAAACCUACAUCAGUUGCUGUGGUGCCGAUAA